GAGAAGGGGUGGGGCGUCGGCGGGGCUAUGACUGGCGACUCGGAGCUGUCGCCAUUGUGAGUUCUGCAGGCGGAGGCGGCUGGGCCGCCCGCAGCGGGGGGUGUCUGGGACAAGAGGAGACGCGGGCUCGGAACACUGAGAAUGGAGUCUAAACCUUCAAGGAUUCCUCGAAGGAUAUCGGUUCAACCCUCCAGUUCCUCCUCUUUAAGUGCCAGAACAUUGUCUGGAAGCAGUUUAACUGAUGCAUAUCAUACAAGAGAAUCUUCACUGAGACUGGAUUCUGGAUGUCAGGAAUCCAAUCUGUUGCAUAGUUCCAGUAGAGACUGGGGAAUUAGAGAAAGAGGAGAAGCUCAUGAAACUCCUUGGAAGCUUUCUAGUUCCUCUCCAACUCGCUACUCGGGGACACUUGAUCGUCCAUGGUCUGGAAGAUUUUUGGGAAGCAGAAGCAGAUUGUCUACAUCCUCCUCGUCUCCUCUUUCAUCUACUUGGUAUGGUGAAUCUGAGAGAAGUCAGGGAGCAUACUCAAGACUACAUAACCAGCAGCGGGAUAGUGAUUCAAAGAGACCUAAGCUUUCCUAUGCAUCUACCUCUUCUGUGAGAAGUAAUGGCUUAAAUGCAGUUUCAGAUUCCUCAUGGAGGUAUAAUCAAGUUCCUAGAUCGUCAUCAGUGGUACUCAGUUCUCUGGGAACUGAGCUAGUGAGAGAGAGGAGAGAGCUAGAAAGGAGAACAGAUCCAUCUGUUAGCAGUCUUGUGGAUUAUAGUCACAGGAGUGGUGACUUUACAUCUUCAGCAUAUCUUCAGGAUAGACCUGCCUCUUCAUAUGCACAAGGAGCAAGACCAAAAGAUAAUUCAUUGAGCACUUUGAGGCUGAAUACAUCCAUGAACCGCCAGCUGCCUUCUGAACAUGAGUCAUCUUUAUUCUCCGGAGUCUCCAGCAGGAGCUCUUCAAGAUCUAACUAUUCUACAAGGGAAAUGGAAUCUUCCCAAAGGAAUAUACAGCCAGAGUUUACCCACAUUGCCAUUAGAGAUGAAAUUCCUUCCAUAAGCAGCACUGAAAGGGUUGCGUCUCAAAGGUCACUCAGUGAGCCUCCAGCAGAUACUGAAGGAAGGCGUACAACUAGACAAUUACUAUCUCGUUUAGCUUCUAGUAUGUCAUCUACAUUUUUCUCACGGAGGUCUAGCCAAGACUCAUUAAAUGCAAGAUCAUCAGAUUCUGAAGAUUCAUGUAUUGUCCCAAGAGUUCAAACUUCUACCCAAUCUAGCACUAAUGCAACUGCACGUCCUGAAGUUCCAGGCAUUCAGACACCUGAAGCUUCUCAGGGAUUUAGCUUCCUUAGACGAAGAUGGGGUUUAUCAGGUGUUUCACAGAAUCAUAGUUCUGAUUCAGAUCCUGAAAGUUACAGACAAGAGUCUGAAAGUAGAAAUACAGGAUCCUGGUUAUCAUCAUCUCUAAGAAAUAGAUGUACACCUCUCUUCUCCAGAAGAAGGCGAGAAGGAAGAGAUGAAUCUGCAAGAACCUCUACCUCUGACACACCUGCUAGAUCACUACACCUCUUUAGGAGAAGAGAGUCUAGCGAAGAGACUCCACUUGAAGCACAGAACAGCUCCCCUGGGGCUGCUGCCAACAGACCACCAACACCAGCAGUAUCUAGCAGUCCUACAACUACUGCUUCCACACCAGAUUCAGCUCACAGUAGAAGAAAUUCUGGAAUAUCAGGAAUUCUUCCCGGAUCUUUAUUCCGGUUUGCAGUACCUCCAGCAUUAGGGAGCAGCAUAUCUGACAAUGUUAUGAUAACGGUAGAUAUUAUUCCCUCAGGUUGGAAUCAACCAGAUGGAGAAGAAAGUGACAAAUCUAAAGUAUUACCUUCAAGAGAUCCUGAAAAACUCCAGAAAAUUAAAGAGAGCCUCCUGUUAGAGGACACUGAAGAGGAGGAAGGUGACUUAUGUAGAAUCUGCCAGAUGUCAUCUGCAUCUUCUACCAACCUCUUAAUAGAGCCAUGCAAAUGCACUGGAAGUCUGCAAUAUGUUCAUCAGGAAUGCAUGAAAAAAUGGCUGCAGUCCAAGAUUAAUUCUGGUUCUUCUUUGGAAGCAGUAACUACCUGUGAGCUGUGUAAAGAGAAGUUGAAUCUUAAUCUUGAGGAUUUUGAUAUUCAUGAACUCUAUAGGGCACAUGCAAAUGAACAAGCAGACUAUGAAUUUAUCAGCUCUGGUCUCUACCUUGUAGUGUUGUUACACUUGUGUGAACAACGCUUUUCUGAUAUGCUGGGAACUGCAAGUGAGGCCAGCACACGUGUCAGGCUUCAGAGGAUGAUUCUGAAGAUAGUGAUGCUGGCAGAAGUUUUGACACUGCUUAAUGCUGCAAGAGCCAAACAGAAGUGCUGCAAAGAUGCUGAACUGAGUACCAUCAAUAUGCAUUUAUUUUUUGCUCUUUAGUAGAAAGCGCAUUGAAUAUUACUAUAGUUUUUAAAGCAUUACUGAACUCAAUCUAUUGCUGCAUACCAGAACACAAACAGUGAAUUUGAAAAGUAUUCAGCAAGGUGUGCAAGAGUUAGAUAUACAAUGCUGUAUCCCCUUUGAGAUGGGAUGUUAUGCCUCAUUUUGAAAAAGUAGAUUUUAAAUAUUUAAGGAAGUCCUAUCUCCCUUUCUAUUAACUUCUUACUAUAGUCAGUUAGAUUGCUGGAUUGGUCUAUCAAGUUUUUCUCCUAUACUGGUAAUUGUGUGUCUUUUGGGUGGCGGGACCCGUGUACUUAUAGCAUAAAUUUUCCUUUUAAAAAUGCUUAUGUUGUAGUUUCUUAUAAUCACUUGCUUCCAGUGUUAACAUAGGAUGAAUGGGUACUGUAAAACACUGCGGUAUUCGGUUUCCAAAUUUUAUUUGAAGAGUGUUUAAACUCAACAGCAAUAAGAACGUGCAAGGGGCUUCUACUAUUAAAGUGAUAAUGAUAGCUUUUUUAUGUACUGAUUUGGAAAUUUGAGAUUAUAUUUGAUAUUAUGUGGAUAUUCCAUUAAGGAAGUAUUGCAGCUGUAAACUCUUGCAUUUUGGCAUUCCUGGCAGAAAUGCAACUUGAUAGGAUUUAAAAUCUUAAUUGACCUGUUUAGCUUAAAAACCUUUUUUAGAUCCCACAUUCACUGUUAAAGCACUGGUUAUAUCAAUGUGUUUUCUAGUGUUGUCACUUCUUUAUAAAUAAAGAUGAUGCAUAGAA